CUCGGCGGGGCUCCGUCCUCCGGCGCGGUUCCCCUUCGCCCUUCUGCAGGCGGGCGGCUGCACGUAGGCUGGGUGGCAGCUUCGAGAUGUGUUUUGCAGCGCUGAGGUCGAGUGUUUCCGAGGGAUGCCGAUGAGUCUCCUGCGAUUGACGGCGAGGAGGUUGGUUUCCCCAGCGUGUCUUCGGGCUGCGGCUUCGAGGAAACACAAGUUGUCCUUGGAAAUGGCUCGUCCUAGUUCAAAUAUGGCUGAUUUUCGAGAAGUGUUUGCGAAGGCGAAGCAUAUAGCCAUUAUCACAGGAGCCGGUGUCAGCGCGGAGAGCGGAGUUCCCACCUUCAGAGGGGCUGGAGGCUUCUGGAGAAAGUGGCAAGCCCAGGAGCUGGCUAGCCCGGGGGCUUUUGCGCGGAACCCUUCUCGUGUAUGGGAAUUUUACCAUUAUCGGCGGGAAGUGAUGUUGAGUAAACAUCCGAAUCCUGCACACAUUGCCAUCGCAGAGUGCGAAAAGCGACUGAGCAAGCAAGGAAGGAGCGUUGUGGUCAUUACUCAGAAUAUCGAUGAACUACACAGAAAGGCAGGCACAAAGCACCUCUUAGAAAUUCACGGUAGUUUAUUUAAAACUCGAUGCACCAACUGUGGAAACGUGGCUGCAAAUUACAAGAGUCCGAUAUGCCCCGCAUUGGCCGGGAAAGGGGCUCCGGAUCCUGAAACAGAAGACGCCGCAAUUCCAGUUGAAGACCUUCCUCAGUGCGAGGAGGACGGCUGCAAUGGGCUCCUCCGUCCCCAUGUUGUGUGGUUUGGUGAAACCCUGGAUCCUGACAUUCUCACAGCAGUUGAGAAGGAGCUUGAGAUAUGCGACCUCUGCUUGGUGGUGGGGACCUCCUCCGUGGUGUAUCCUGCCGCUAUGUUUGCCCCUCAGGUGUCUGCCAGAGGAGUGCCAGUUGCAGAGUUUAACAUGGAAGCCACUCCUGCUACAGACAGAUUCAGGUUCCACUUCCCGGGCCCCUGCGGGACUACCCUGCCGCCGGCGCUGGCCCGACACGAAACGGAGAUCAUCUCCUGAGCACCUCGGAGCGACCGGCGGGGCAAAGGCCGGGCCCGGCGGGACCCAGCGCGGCGGGGGCGCGGGCGUGUGGGUGGAGGGAGGCGGCGGGGCGGCCGGGCUGUCCCCUCUCCUGCUCCCCACGGCAAUAAACGGGCGGCGGGGCCCGGGGC